AUGGCAGUGUUGUCGUUGUUGGGACUUCUGUUCCCCGUCCUGUCUUCGGCUCAGUCCCAAGGCGGAGACUACAUGAGCCAGUAUGCUGCUCCGUACCAGCAGUACAUGCAGGGAGCAGCCGGCAGUGGUAGUGAUGGCUACCAGAAGUACUACAGCAAGUACACUUCGGAGUACGGCUCCGGUGGUGGCGGAGGCUAUGACAAGUACAUGUCGAAGUACGCUGGCAACUAUGCAGCUAAGUACAUGCCGUCGUCCGAGUCUGACAAGUCUUCUGAAGAUGCAAAGAAGGCAGUAAGCUUCGCCGCAGCGGAGGCCGGCCCGGAGAAGAAAAGCGACGACUCGGCUGGCCAGAGCUUUCAGAAGUAUAUGGACUAUGCCAAGUACACCCAGGGUCAGGGCUCCCAG